GCCUGGGUGUUCGAGCAGAAUGAGUUUGGGCCUUUGGCUUUGCCCGUUGUCGAAACAAUCAAGUGUAUUCUCACAAUAAAAAUAAAGUUUAAGGUGUGUAACAACAUUUCAAACGUCUGCGGGGAGCAUUUUGAAAAAGUUUUCAAAUUAUAGGGCAAAAUGAAAACUUCUGAUUUGCUCUGCAUACUAUCUUCUUCGUCUCGCCCUCCGCCCACAAACUCCACCACAUAAAACCCCUCCUUAUGACGCUGACGGCGAUCGCCGGCCCACUACUAUGUCUCCCCUUGCCCUCUCGCCGUAUCUCUCUCACCACCACUUCUGCGGCCGCCGCUUCCUCCCAGGCCACUCCACUCCCCACGGAGCCCCACCCACCCCCUCGCGAGUUCCACUACCCCCGUGCGGAUCCCUCCGUCCGGUGGCCUCAUCUUAAGAUCGAAGAACUCUCCGACGUUCCUCAAUUCUCUGCCGCCUCUUCCUCACUCCCCCACUCCCUACCCGAGGAGCCCGACCGCGAUUCCGACCCUCCCGAGGACACCAAGACGGAUUCUUUCGAGACGAUCGACAGCAAGCAGAGCCGCACGCGCGCUAAGAAGAUGACUAAGCUCGCUCUCAAGCGCGCCCGUGACUGGCGCCAGCGUGUCCAGUUCCUCGCCGACCGGAUCCUAGCUCUCGCCCCCUCUGCCCACGUCGCCGAUGUGCUUGACCGCCGUGGCGUCCAGAUGACUCCCACCGAUCUCGCCUUCGUCGUCAGGACCGUCGGACGUUCCAGCUGGAACCGCGCCUUGGAGGUGUUCGAGUGGCUCACUCUCCGUCGCCGCCACGCCCCCAGCCCCCGUCUCCUUGCCAUUAUAAUCUCUAUCCUUGGACGUGCCCAUCAGGAUGCCCUCGCCGCUGAGGUUUUCCAGCUUAGCUUCCCUGACGAGGCUACCGAUAUCUCUGUCCAGGUGUAUAAUGCAAUGAUGGGGGUUUAUGCUCGGACUGGGAAGUUCACCAAGGUUCAGGAGCUGUUGGGCUUGAUGCGAGAUAGGGGACUCGAGCCUGACCUUGUCAGUUUCAACACCUUGAUCAAUGCAAAGGCAAAGGCCCGAGUUUUGUCUCCAGGAUCGGCGUUGGAGCUGCUCCAGGAGGUCCGAAGAUCAGGUUUGAGGCCUGAUGCCAUCACCUAUAACACCCUUAUCAGCGCCUGCUCCCUUGUGUCAAAUUUAGGGGAUGCCGUGAAGAUUUUCAAAGACAUGGAGACGUCUCGAUGCCAGCCUGAUCUUUGGACGUAUAAUGCCAUGAUCUCUGUGUUUGGCCGCUGUGGGAUGACAAUGGAAGCGGAAAGGCUAUUCCGUGAAUUAGGUGCAAGGGGCUUCUUGCCUGAUGCUGUCACAUACAAUUCAUUACUUUUUGCUUUUGCCAAAGAUGGUGACGAGGAGAAGGUCGAGAGACUUUGUGAGGAGAUGGUGGGUUCAGGCUUUAAGAAGGAUGAGAUAACUUAUAACACAAUCAUCCACAUGUAUGGGAAACAGAGUAGGUUUGAUUUAGUAGUUCGAUUCUACGAUGAAAUGAAAAAUGUUGGGUGCAAUCCUGAUGCAGUGACCUACACUGUGCUCAUUGAUUCGCUUGGAAAGGCAAAUAGGAUAACAGAAGCAGGGCAGGUGAUGGAAGAGAUGCUCAAUGCAGGCGUGAGGCCAACAUUAAGGACCUUCAGUGCUCUGAUAUGUGCGUAUGCCAAGGCUGGUAUGCGGGCUGAGGCAGUGCAUGCAUUUGACCAUAUGGUUAAAGUGGGAAUCAAACCUGAUCAUUUAGCAUAUUCAGUACUGUUGGAUGUAUUGCUGAGAUCAAACGACCUGCGGAAGGCAAUGGUGCUGUAUAGGGGUAUGAUGCAAGAUGGAUUUAGGCCAGAUCAGGGCCUCUACCAGUCUAUGUUAGAGGUUUUUUCUAAGGAAGUGGAUAAUGAGAAGAUAAAUGAAGUUGUAAAGGACAUGGAAGAGGUGAGCAUGAUGAAUCCACAAGUUAUAGCUGCACUUCUAGUCAAGGGAGGAUGUUUUAUCCAAGGAGCAGAGAUGUUAAAGAAAGCUAUUUCGUAUGGUUAUGAACCUGACCGACAAUGCCUGUUAUCUAUAUUGUCUGCAUUUGCAGCUUCACAAAGGCAAGCUGAAUCAAUGGCCCUGCUUAAGUUUCUGCGGGAAAAUGCACCAAACUCACAUUGUUUGAUAACAGAAUCUUCAAUAAUUAUGCAUUGUAAAAAUCAGCAAUUGGAAGACGCCAUGAUGGAGUACAAUAACACAAGGACAUCCAGUUUUGGACAUUGCAGUCAUACUGUCAGCCUGUAUGAGUGUAUGAUAAUGUCCUUUGAAGAGGCUGAAUUAUUCUGGGAAGCUUCUCAGCUGUUCUCGGAUAUGAAAGUUAUUGGCCUUGAGCCUUCUCAAGAUAUCUACAAGAGUAUGAUUUCCACAUACUGCAAAUUAGGAUUCCCAGAAACGGCUCACAAUGUGUUUGACCAUGCGGCAAGGGCAGGUAUAUUGCUUCCUGAUACUUCAGUUUAUGUUACAUUGAUUGAGACAUAUGGGAAAUUGAAACUGUGGCAAAAGGCAGAAAGCUUUGCUAGGGAACUCAGACUACAAUGUAAAAUUGAUCGGAAUGUUUGGAAUGCUCUUAUUAAUGCUUAUGCUGAGAGUGGGCUCUAUGAACAAGCACGGGCAAUCUUUGAUAUGAUGAUGAAGAAUGGCCCUUCACCAAAUGUAGAUUCCAUCAAUGGACUUAUGCGAUCAUUGGUUGUCGAUGAUAGAUUAAAUGAACUUUUUGUUGUUGUCGAGGAUUUGCAAGAUUUAAAUUUUAAAAUCUCCAAAAGUACUAUUAUGAUUAUGCUUGAUGCAUUCACAAGAGCUGGAAACAUCUUUGAGGUUAAGAAGAUAUAUAAUGGAAUGAAGGCAUCUGGAUAUUUUCCUACCAUGAAAAUAUAUACUAGUAUGCUUACUUUAUUGUCCCGUGGAAAAAGGGUCAAAGAUGUUGAGGCAAUUCUAGCAGAGAUGGAGGAAGCUGGAUUUAAACCUGAUCUCACCAUCUUCAACUUGCUACUUAAGAUGUAUACAAGUAUUGAGGAUUUUAGGAAAACAUUAGAGAUAUAUAAACUUAUCAAAGAUUCUGGAUUUGAGAUGAAUGAAGAUACGUAUAAUACCCUCAUAAUGAUGUAUAGUAAGGAUCUGAGGCCUGAAGAAGGUUUUAGUCUGCUGAAUGAGAUGAAGAAAAAGGGACUGGUGCCAAAAUUAGAUGCCUACAAAAGUUUGUUGGCUGCAUGUUGUAAAGAUCAGCUUUGGGAACAAGCAGAUGAACUUUUUGAGAGCAUGCGACCAAAGGGAUACAAAUUGGAUCGCACUUUCUAUCACAUAAUGAUGAAAAUAUAUAGGAAUUCUGGAAACCACUCUAAGGCUGAAAGCUUACUUUUCCAAAUGAAGGAGGAUGGUGUUAAGCCAACAAUUGCCACAAUGCACUUGCUUAUGGUUUCUUAUGGAUCUGCUGGGCAACCACAAGAAGCAGAAAAGGUCCUAACUAGCCUGAAGAAUUCUGGUCAAGAACUCAGCACGUUACCUUACUGUUCUGUUAUAGAUGGAUAUUUUAAGGUAGGUGAUUAUAACAUGGGAAUUGCUAAGUUUCUUGAGAUGAAGAAAGAUGGUGUGGAACCAGACCAUAAAAUAUGGACAUGUUUUAUUAGAGCUGCAAGUUUGUGCAAGCAAACAAAUGAUGCUAUUCUUCUUCUUAAUGCCCUAGGAAAUAAUGGUUUUGAUCUCCCUUUAAGGAUUUUGAGUGGGAACGAUCAGUCAGCAAUCAUGGACCUAGAGUAUUUACUAGAAGAAUCAAAAUCUCUUGGGGAAGAUGCUUCCUUUAACUUUGUCAAUGCAAUGGAAGACCUUCUUUGGGCAUUUGAACGCCGUGCAACUGCCUCAUGGAUAUUCCAACUAGCAAUCAGGAAAAAUAUAUAUAGACAUGAUAUCUUCCGAGUUGCAGAAAAAGAUUGGGGUGCUGAUUUCCGUAAGUUGUCACCUGGUGCUGCUCUUGUUGGACUUACACUCUGGCUUGACCAUAUGCAGGAUGCUUCAUUGCAGGGUUCACCAGAGUCACCUAAGUCAGUUCUCUUGAUCACUGGAACUGCAGAAUACAACCUGGUUUCAUUGGAAAAAACUGUAAAAGCAUAUCUUUGGGAAAUGGGUUCACCAUUUUUGCCAAGUAGGACUCGAACCGGCAUCAUGGUGGCAAAAGCCCACUCUCUUAGGAUGUGGCUGAAAGAUUCUUGUUUCUGUUUGGACCUUGAGUUGAAAGAUGGAAGUUCUCUUCCAGAGACAAAUUCAAUGAAGCUCACGGAAGGAUAUUUCAUGAGAGUUGGUCUCCUUCCAACCUUUAAACAUAUACAUGAACGGUUAGGCCAAAUAAGACCAAAGAAGUUUGCCAGAUUGGCCUUAUUGUCAGAGGAGAGCAGGGAGAAGAUCAUGAAUACUGAUUUACAAGGUAGGAAGGAAAAGACGGAAAAAAUGAAGGCGAAAGGAAUUCCUAGGUCAAGAAAAUUGAACAGGUUUCAGAUGAAAUAUCUCAGGCGUCAACAUAAAUCACCAGCAGCAUUAAAUUAGUGAAUAUUGAAUGGCUACAUGCCUACAUGCAGUGAGCAUUUCAGAAAUAUUGGAUGACUACUUAUCUUCCUAUCAAUAUAAAUGCAUUGAGGAUAUUUGAGCAGUUAGGCAUCGGAUAUGUUGGUAAUUUCUUGAGUGAUAAUAUUUCACCAGUGCAUCUAAUGACUCUUUUCAGCUUUUAUAGAUGAGAGUUCAAGAAGCAAUGAGCUUGAACCAGGAUGCUGGUGCUUGCUAGUCAUGCCCUGGUCCUCCAGUGUGCAAUGCUGAGGCAUGAUCUUGAAUCUAGCAAAACUUUUCUUAUAUAAAGAAAUACAGUGAAACCUCAUUCUUCAGUGGAAUGACUGAUACCCACACUAAUUUGCGACUGAUAUCCUUGUGGGACAAAAGAUUCAUCACAACAAAAAGGAGCAUUUCAAGGUGCCAAAGAACAGCAGGUUUUUCCUAUAUUCAUUGAGCAUUUGAGCGGCAUUGAUCUUCCAAUGGAACGUUUGUGAAUGAAAUAAUAAUAAUAAUAAUGAUCUCAAUGUAUCAUUUAAUUUUUCA